UGGCUCAAUGUCAUAUCUCAUGCAAACACACAAAACCCUCCUCGAUUUCCUAUUGGCAAUUUUACUACUUGGCAGAACAAUCCAAAUAGUAAUUUUACCACUACCCCAGGCACAAACUAUAACCAACGACCCAGAAAUACUUAUUGGAACCAAAAUCAACCUCAAAGAAAUUUUAGAGGAAAUGUAUCACAAAACUUCCAGGCCAGACCCCAGUACUCGCGCAACUUCAAUCAAUCCCAAAAUACCGGACCAUCUAACCCAAAUGCAUUUAAGACUUGCAAUUAUUGCCAUAAAAUGGGGCAUGUAAUCGCCGAUUGUUACACCAGGGCACGACUUUAUGGACCGUACCCUAACCGAAACCGCUCUUUCAAUCCAAAUUUUCAACCUUUAAGGAAUAAUCCGGCAUACAACCCCGGGCAAAAUAGAAACAACCCCAAUAUAAGAAACACUACUGAACGUCUAAAUUUCAUAGACAUUCAUGAAAGAAACAACCAAGAAUAUACUUGGAAUUCUGAUGACCCUGACCCACAUAAUCUAAAAUCAUUAACACUCUCCCCUCCCGAAAAUUCCAAAAAUAAGGGUAAGAUUAAUGAAACCCCCGACAUUGAACCAAUUCGCCCAACAAAACUUGAAAAUUGGGAGAACCAAUCAAACGUAAAACCUAGCUUCUCCAUUGCCCCGUUCAUUACCCGUCUGACACACAUUCUAUGUUUGCUUAUGAUUAUACCCGGGCUUUUCGCUUUUCCAAAUUCCAAUAAACUCACCUCAUACAAUCCUCAAAAUCCUAUGAUAUGCCAAACCGAACAGCAGGGGGAAUACUGGACAUUACCAAACUUUGCACCUUGCCCACGCCUCAAGCAAAAUCGAUUCCUGGUCAGCACUUGAACCACUCCGACUCACCGAAAAUUCAUCCCCACAAGCAACAUUGUUGAAACAAAUUUUAGGUAUUGACACAAGACCUCGACUUAAAAACACCCGAGACCUCGCUCAUGCCAUAUUUGCUUAUGAUUCUGAAACUCCUCCGAAUGAAGAACA